AUUUUAUCAUAUAGCUUUUUUGAUAAGCACUAACUAUCAGAUGAUAGUCUUCUUAAUCGUUCUUUCGUGAUUGAGAUUAGAAUGAAUGUAAUGUGUAAGAAGACUAUGGGAAAUAUAUAAGUUGGCUACUUUCUCAGUUCAUCUAUAGUUUGGAAUUUGACGGAGCAACCGUACAUAUCCUGCAAACAAGAUGAAGGCUGUCGCCGCCCUUGGCUUUUUCUACGCUGUGAUCCAGCUGUCAGCUGCUGCAUGCUGUCCACCACCAAGCUGUGCCCCAUCAUGUAGCCCAGCCCCACAGCCAAUCUACAUCUCGGCUCCAGCUCCAGCUCCAGUCUGCUCUGCUCCAGCCCCACAGCCAAUCUACAUCUCUGCCCCAGCUCCAGCUCCAGUCUGCUCUGCCCCAGCUCCACAGCCAAUCUACAUCUCUGCCCCAGCUCCAGCUCCAGUCUGCUCUGCCCCAGCCCCACAGCCAAUCUACAUCUCCGCCCCAUCUUGCUCUCCAGCCCCAGCCCCAUCCUGCUCUGCCCCAGCCCCACAGCCAAUCUACAUCUCUGCUCCAGCUCCAGCUUGCUCUGCUCCAGCUCCAGCUCCAGCCGCAGACUGUGGCUCCAACAACCAGGUUGAGACCAUCUACUUCACCGAGGAGUGCACCCCACGCACCCGUCCUCUGGAGAUCGUCAUCCAGGAGUUCGGAACCCGCCCAACCAUCACCACCUGCGGACCACCCCCACCACCAAUCCAGUUCGAGACUGUCCCACAGUACUCCGCUCCAGCUGCUUCCUACUCUGCUCCAGCUGCCUCCUACUCUGCUCCAGUCCAGUCCUACACCUACUCUUCCCCAUCUCCAUCCUACUCUUACUCCUCUGCCUCCUCCUCUUCCUGCUCUGCUCCAUCCCAGCAGAUCGUGAUCUCCGCUGGAUCCAGCUGCUCUCCAGCUCCAGUCGCUCCAUCCUGCUCCAGCACCCCAAUCUACAUCUCUUCCUCCUCCCCAUGCUGCUGCUAAGCAACUCAACACUGGACAACACUAAUGUUGGUUUAUGUUUACAGUAUGCCUCACCAAUGUUGUGAGAUGUUCUCAUGAGAGUUUCAGUGAAGUUCCAUGAUUGAAAAUAAAGAGAUCCAUCCAGUUUGCAAAAAUUAAA